GUCGCUUUUGCGGCUCCACGUCGGCACCAGCUGCGGCGCAAGAUGGAGGCGGUGAUUUUGGAGCCCUCCCUGUAUACUGUCAAAGCCAUCCUGAUUCUGGACAACGAUGGAGAUCGGCUUUUCGCCAAGUACUAUGACGACACCUACCCCAGUGUCAAGGAGCAGAAGGCCUUUGAGAAGAACAUUUUCAACAAGACCCAUCGCACUGACAGUGAAAUUGCUCUCUUGGAAGGCCUGACAGUGGUGUACAAGAGCAGUAUCGAUCUCUAUUUCUAUGUGAUCGGCAGCUCCUAUGAAAACGAGCUUAUGCUUAUGGCUGUUCUCAACUGCCUCUUUGACUCCUUGAGCCAGAUGCUAAGGAAAAAUGUAGAAAAGCGAGCACUGCUGGAGAACAUGGAGGGGCUGUUCUUGGCUGUGGAUGAAAUCGUGGAUGGAGGGGUGAUCCUAGAGAGUGACCCACAGCAGGUGGUACACCGAGUGGCGUUAAGGGGUGAAGACGUUCCCCUCACUGAGCAGACCGUGUCUCAGGUGCUGCAGUCUGCCAAAGAACAGAUCAAGUGGUCCCUGCUUCGGUGAAGACCCUCCUCCUGGCUCCAAGCCCCCAGCUGAGGCUCUCAGGGUCAUCUUGGGGAUCACAGGGGACCCUUAAAUCUCCAUCCCGUCUGGGCUGCUCUUCCCCCCACACACUUGCCUUCCCUUCCUACUCUUUCUGCCGGGAGGAAAGCGCCCAGCAGAUGCAGAUCCCGGCGGGGAGCACCCUCUUCCUUCCUAGGCUGGGCAGCGUCUAUGCGCCCUACCCUGUAUUUUCUCAACUUCUUUGCCCUUUGCUGCAGCCACAUCCAGAUCAAAGCAGGAGGAGGAACGUGCUGUCUUCCACCUUUGCCUCUACGCAGCCUCCAUCCCAAUAGCACACGUGUUUGGCAGGGCGGGGGCAGGGACGGGGACGACGGGGACUGCCCGGACGAAGCCAGUCUCGCCCCACUUACUGGCCUUCGCCACCUCCUGUUUCUUCUUGCUGCCCUGUCCUCUGCCUUGGAAAGGGAAUUGAGGAAUAGCUUACAGGAAGGGGACAGGGUGGCAGAAACUGACUUAAAUGUCAUGUAGGGCCUUUAAAACUCAUUCUGGGGGCUGGGGAUUUAGCUCAGCGGCAAAGUGCCUGCCUGGCAAGCGCAAGGUCGUGAGUUCAGUUCCCGGUACCGGAGAAAAACCAAAAAAAAAAAAAAAAAACUCAUUCUGUACCCUGAUCUGGGCAUAUAGCUUCAGAACCUCUGUGGUCUGAGUGGUCACUGCGAGUGUCGGCCCGUUGUCCGCUCUUAGCUCUCCACCGUCACUACCUGUGGGAUUGGUGCCCGCUUUGUCCUCACUCUGCCCUGCAGCAGAGCCACUCGCUGGAACUGAAACUCCAUUCUCAUGUCCGGAAGAAGAGUUUCUGCUCAGAACUGGAGAAGAAGGGGCACUGCGGCUUGGACCUGGAGGCUCCCUUCCCUGGAGUGCGUUUGCUCCUCUGCCUUGGGUCUCACUCGGCUGUUUAACCCUAGCCUGUCUCUGCCUCAGCCUUAGAUGAAAAAGCUGUAGAUCUGGGCGCUCCAUCUCCCUAGACUGCUGAGCGAGGUGCCUUUCCCUUGGGACCUGGGUUUCCCCGGGAGAAUAGACACUGGAACACCUACUGUGGGUCUAAUCAUUCGCCUUGGCUCAAAGCUUCCUCCCCACAAAAAGGUCUUAGAAAGCCCUUCCCGGGACCUAGCAUUCCGCCCUACCCACUGCCUGCCGCUUGUCCCGCGCUCGAGCGGGGCAAUGACGGGGUGUUUGAGGAGGCACCUUCGAGUAGGAGGUGAAUCAGGAGACGGCCACCUUCCUAUACUGCUCUGCAAAGGGGAAUAAAACAUUUCUUUUUCCAAACUG